AUGUGCAAAGUUUUAUCUAGACAAAGUGAAUCAUCAUCAAGAAUUGUUAAGAGAAGAAAAUGUGCAAAGUUUUAUCGAGAAAUGAAUGGAGCAACAACAAUUGCGUAUUUACAUUACAUGAAAUAUUUGAUGAAGCAAGGUGCUAUAGAUGGAUCACACAUUCAUGCCAUUCCUCCUACUAAUGAUCAAACUCGUUUUAUAGGCAGAAAAGGAUACCCAACACAUAAUGUCAUGUUAGUUUGCAACUUUGAUAUGAUAUUCACUUUUGCUGUUGUUGGUUGGCCUGAUACUGCACAUGACACACAUAUUCUUUCAUCUGUGCUUGAAGAAAUGAAAAGUGUGUUCCCUCAUCCUCCUAAAGGAAAGUAUUAUGUAGUAGAUGUUGGAUAUCCUAACAUGAAAGGGUAUCUAGCACCAUUUAAAGGAGAAAGAUAUCAUUUUUCUGAUUUUAGAGGUUGCAGUCAACCACAUGGAUUACAAGAAGUUUUCAAUCAUGCACAUUCCUCACUAAGAAAUGUCAUUGAGAGAACAAUUGGAGUUUGGAAGAACAGGUGGCACAUCUUACGUGAUAUGAAGCCAUUUUCAUUAAUCAAGCAGGAGAAAAUUAUUAUUGCAACAAUAGCCCUUCAUAACUUCAUUAGAAAGUGUGGUGUUGAUGACGAAGAGUUUGACAAGUUGGAUUGUAAUCCUAAUUAUAUUCAUGAGAGUCAAGAAGAAUGUUAUAUUGAUGAAGAAUUGGGUAUCCAUUAG